GAAAGUGUGAGCCGAGUGGACACUAAAUCUAUUGAAUAUGCCAAUAAUCUAGACAAUGUUACAAAGCAAAUUUCCAACUUGUUGUUGAAAACAAGUAGAUUAAAUGUACUUGUUGAUAACCUACAGAAUAAGGCAAACUUAGGCGAGAGAAAUAGUAAAGAUCGUUCUAGUGACAUGUCAACUAAUAAUCAUUGCUGUGAAUGUUCAUUAAAUGCAAAAGAAAAGAACGAAUUAGUAGGGGUAGGUAAAAUACCACGGAGGGAAAAAGGUGAAGCAUCUGAUGAAGAUAAUACCGAAUAUAAAUCAGACAAUGAAUAUUGUAGCGCUGACGCUAAUAUCCAUAACCUAUCGAGUUUUGUGAAUGUCCGGACAGUAGGACUACUGGCCAAUGCAGUUCAAUCUUAUGAAUCAAAUAUCAACCCUUGCAAACCUCUCGGUGGAAACAGCGAUACAAAAUUCUUUAAAAAACUAGGAAUCUGUAGUGAUAAUGAUAAAGGUCAAAAUGCUUUCACUAAUAGUACUAGUAGUGAAGAAAGUAUUGUAGAUGAAAACAGAAGUGAAGAAGACAACUCAUCAUAUACAUUUAAUAAGAAAAAGGAUGACGAAAAUUCGUCUGAGAUUGAAAAUUGUAACACACCAAAUAUAAAAACCACGAUCCGUAAAAACGAAUCUGGCUAUAAAAGUAAAACUAUAAAAACACAGAACGACAAUCGCGUUAGCUUUCAUACUAUCCACAAAAGUUCUGGAGGGUGCACAAAGGAAAACGUUUGCAGGACGGACCUGCAAAGAGAAUAUUCGAAUGUUUCAAAUAUAAAACCGAUACAACACAUCACAGAUGAAAUAAGACCAAUGAUGAAGUCAGUGACAUCAUACAGUACAGCCAGGCGAUCAUCAAGAGGAAGACACGAGGAAGACAUUUAUGAUGAAAGACUUUUCGAUGCUGGUCAACCCAAAACUGUUAGAGAAUGGUAUAAGUAUACCAAACAUAUGACAGAAUAUGCUUCAGCUAGAAUGAGAUCAGGAACAGUUAAACUAGGAAGAUCGCCUAAUGUUAUUUUGGUAUUAGAUACAUCUGACCGUAUGACAGGGUAUUUUCAGAAGUUAAAAUCAGCUGCUCUACAGUAUGUGUAUGGAAUCAAACAAAGUUCGGAAUGUGGCGAUAUAGAAAAUGGCAUUGGAUUAGCAGUAUUUGGCCGAGAAACACGACUUAUUCAAGAACCAACAAGUGAUUAUGAAUUAGUAAUAGAAUUGAUAGGUAAUAUCAUUUAA